AUAUAUUUCGUUAUGGCGGUGCUUACAAGUUUAUUUCACCGUUUCCAGUUGUGGAAUGUUUAUCAGUUUGGGAAAGAAUGUCAUUUAAGCAAAAUCGUGCGUUGGUCACAUACAAAUGUCAGAGUACGUUUUGCUCCAAGUCCAACAGGAUUUUUACACCUCGGAGGUCUACGCUCAGCUCUUUAUAAUUAUAUUUUUGCUAAAUCCAAAGGAGGAACUUUUAUACUUCGAAUAGAAGACACUGACCAGACUCGAUUGGUACCUGGAGCAUUGGAAAAACUACAGGACAGUUUAGAAUGGGCAGGAAUAAUGCAAGAUGAAGGGCCAAGAGCUGGAGGAAAGUAUGGCCCUUAUAUUCAGUCUGAAAGAUGUCAUAUUUACCAGGAAAAGAUACAAAUUCUCUUGGAGAAUGGAAGUGCUUACCGAUGCUUUUGUUCAAAUAAGCGAAUAGAACUGAUAAGAAGAGCAGCCCUGAGCAGAGGAGAAACUCCAAAGUAUGAUAACAAAUGCCAACACUUAACACAGAAAGAAAUUGAUGCUAAAAUGAAAGAUAAUAUUCCAUAUGUCAUACGUUUCAAAUUAAAACUCAAUGAAACACCGUGGGAAGAUGUUGUACAUGGAACAAUUGUUAAUGAUAUUGCUUUGGUGGAAGGUGAUCCAAUUCUUAUAAAAUCUGAUCAGUUUCCAACUUAUCAUUUUGCCAACGUUGUGGAUGACCAUACUAUGGCAGUUAGCCAUGUUUUAAGAGGUGUGGAAUGGCAAAGUUCUACACCAAAACACAUACAAAUUUAUGAGGCUUUUGGUUGGAAACCUCCUGUAUUUGCUCAUAUGCCACUUCUUGUAAACAAAGAUGGAACCAAAUUAUCAAAAAGACAAGGAGACAUUCAUGUAGAACACUUUAAAGAUCAAGGAUAUUACCCAGAGAGUAUCCUUAAUUUCAUAUGCCAUGUUGGUGGGGGAUUUGGAACUGAUCAAACUGCAGGAAUGUCUUUUGAUGAUUUAAUCAGCAAGUUUUCUUUGGAAAAACUGAAGAAAACUCCAGGUCGACUAGAAUUUGAUAAAAUAAGUAGAUUUAACCAUGAGACACUAAUUCAGAAAAUCCAAGGAAAUGAGCGCCAUGAAAUUUUACAGCAAGUUUUGAAACUUGUCAGUGAGAAAUAUGGAAGCGAAUUUAUUGAGAACAAUGAUGAAAGAUCUUUGCAACAGUAUCUAGAAGCAGUUGUUGACUGGGCCAAGGUGAGAAUCAAUAGAAUUGAGGAUUUACUCUUACCAGAAUUCAAAUUCAUUUGGGUUCAACCUUCUUUUGAUGAUAUAAAGAAUCUGUCUUCUUUCUCGUGUAAUUGCCAACAAGUGUUAGAAUCAACAAUUGAACUACUAGAGACUGAUAAUCACUUCAAACCAGAAACCAUUUCAAAAUUACUUCAUAACCAUGUAAAAGAAUUACAGCUGAAAUUUAAAACUUACAUGCAUCUGCUGCGAUAUUCUAUUAGUGGUAGAAAGGAAGGGCCUGGUGUUGUAGAAAUGAUUUCUCUUCUUGGUCAAAAGCAAACUGUGGAAAGACUAAAAUUGUGCUUAGAACAUAUUAAAUUGAGCCAAACAUGAACUUUUAUGCUGUAAAAAUGGAUCUUAAUUAUUCAUAAUGAAUAUUCAGCUUAGGCCCAAGGUUUCACCUUGGUGUAUGUGCUGAUUGUGUACCUGAAAACAUUGUCAUCUUUGUUGAUUACAUGCACCUGAAAACAAAUCUGAUUAACAGAAUAACAACAAAACAAGAUUUAUAUUUUUUAUAUUUCCUAUUUUCAUAAAAACAAAUCUGUACAUUAUCACCAUCUUGUUUGCCAUGAAAGUAGUUGCUACUGCCAUUUUAUAUAACGGGUGUUAAUAAUUGUAGCAGUAGCAGUUGUUAUAGUGCUGUGGAGAUUUUGCAGGCAGGGGAAAUAGGGAAUUAGACUUAUAUUUCAAAGUAGAAGCACAAUGAUGUAAAACAAAAAUUUGUCUAAAAUAGAUAAUGUUGGAUUAUUCAACAUCUUUGAUGUUUCCACAAUGUUUUGACCAGAUUGUUAUAUAUCUGAUGAUUUUGUCAAAUAAAUAACAUACAUACAGAAUAAAAUAAAUCAAGUUUAACCUUGAGGUUAUCAUAAAUUUAGUUGAUGGAAUUCUAAAGUUUUAUUAUUUUCCUUUAAAUAACUCAGAAUUGCACACAAAAAAAGGACAUGAAUUCUGCCUUUGAUUUGAAAGUGGUAUAAAAAAUUUAAACAUAAUGUGUAAAAAAAUAUGCAAGAUGAUGGGGUUGAUAAAUGAUAAUAAAUAACAUACAUUUUGUACUGUUUGUUUUGUCUAAUCUUUCAUGUCAUAAGAUCUGCUAUAAUGUUCCAAGAGUAAACUUUUUUUUGUGGCUUAUGGUAUUUAUUUAAAUCCAGUGGAUAACACCUUGAGAAACCACAGGAGUCGAUAGGACUUACAACAUUAAUUCUGCUGUAGUAUUAAGGAAAUGAGGUACAUCAUCCUUUGGAUAGUAUGCUUAUUAUAGGCUUAGAUUUCUCAAACGUUUGUCACCCUUAAACCAACUAGGUGUGCUGAAGCAAAUAGAAUUGUUUCCUAGUGACAAUGAUUAAUGAUGAACUCACCUGCAAUAGGAUACAAAAUCAUAAACUGCUAAAUAAACUAUCAAGUUGGUCAUAAAAUUCUAUUUUAUUUAUUAGAAGAGGAGUGUGUGUGUUAAGUUCAUUUGAGAAUGUUUUUACCCCUUUCAAAGUGAGGUUGAUACGUUUAGAGAGCAAUAACUAAAUUCAAUGCCAUAAAUUGCAGCUAGCCAAAUUGAUAGUGCCUUAUUACCAGCUGAAGAGUUAUUGUGAAUCCUGUUGCAAAAGCACUAUAUUUAUCAUUUCUUUAGCUUGCAAUUCUUAGCUCACUCACUUCUCUGGGCCUAGAAAAGCCAAUACAACUGUGUAUUCUUCCUUGAACUAUUGCUUUUCUUUUUUUUUUUUUUUAUUAUCAACAAUAAAAAAAUUUCGAACUAUUUACAUGAAGAUGAGGAUGUUGGCAAUACUCCAACAACUCAAUUGGUUAAUACUAAAAGAUAUGAGGCGGUAUUUCAUGCAAAGGUAAGAACAUUGUAUUAGAUACAUUGCUGUAUCCUAGUUAAUAUAUAUAUAUAAUCUCACAGGUUGAUCUCACAAUUUCAAUGCAUAUCCAUUACCAUUCUUAAAAAGUUAUAUGAAAAGUUAAGAACCAGUAAUUUUUACUGAAAGGCAGAAUACCCUUCAGGUCAACUUCAGCCAUGACUAAAAUGAGCAUUUUUUUUUUAAAUUCAAUUUUUCGAAUUUUCAUUUCAUCCUGAUCUGUCUUACAACUAUUAAAUGUCAUUAACUUUUUUUAAUCUUUAGUUCUCAUUUGUUUUUAGAGUUAGGUAAUAAAAAAAAAUUAUACUGACAGCUUAAAAUACUGCCUACACAAAGUAAAACUUAUCUAGCAAAUAACUUGUCAGUUCUGUCCAGAAUGAUGUGUGAUUCACUGUUAAAAUUGUCAAUGUUUAAACCCAAAUAUUAAAUAUUUUCUUUUUAAUUAUACCAAAGAUAUCCAGUUUUAUACAAACAAAUUAAAUGACUAUUACCAAUUAACUUCAAAAAAAAUUUCACUUUAAGAACACAAAAUAGUUAUAGAUGAUCAUGAAUUUAUUUUUAUUUUUUUUUUACAAAAAGUAUUUGAUAAGUGGUUGAGUCACAUGGCCAUUUUGAGAGAAAUGGGGGAGAAUAAAAGAAUUCUUUGUGAUCUGUGGAAAAUGAGGCAUUCUGGAUAUUUAGCACAAAUUGAACAUGACAAGCCUGUUAAUUGACAUGCUGAAUAGACGAUAUAUUGAGUUAUAUAUAGUCACAGAACAAAUUUCAAUUUUUCUUAAGUUUUUGUUUACCUCAUAAUCAAUUUGUACUAAACUUAUAAUCACUUGCUGUAAUUAUGAAACACAAUCCUGAGCCACAGUGACAAAGAACUAGAAGAAAUAGUAUUUAAAAAGACAUAUAUGCCAAUGACAAUAUGAGAG